AUGGACCGCAGUACCUUCUACUCUCUGGGGUGCUCUGGUCUGGAGGAGGUGCAGUCCAUAGAACCUCUCCUCUCUCAGUUCCACUCGUCUCUGUUCAGUUCCUCCUCUCAGACUUUAGAGCGCAGUGUUCAGUCCAGAGAGAUCAACGCUCAGCUGGACCGGGACAUCCAUCUGUUCCUGCGUCUACUGAGCCCGUACCUCCUGCUGAGGCCCUCCCUCAAGUGUCUGGAGUGGCUCAUCCACCGGUACCAUGUGCACCUGUAUAACCAGGACAGUCUGGUCUCCUGUGUUCUUCCUUUCCACGAUUCUAAAAUCUUCGUCAAAGUGAUUCAGCUGCUGAAAAUCCAAGACAGCGACAAGUGGAGCUGGCUCCAAGGAUUACAGAAGCCGGGCGUUCCUCUGUCCAGACUCGCUCUAGUCUCUCACUGUCAGCGAGACCUGAGUUUCAUGGACUUCAUCUGCAACAUGGUCCCAGAGGCCGUCCAGGCCUUCUCCUCGGCUCCUGCAGCAGGAGGACCUCAGCUCAGAGUCCUGUUCUCCUUCUUCGCCUCCACCAUCGUCUCCGCUCUGGACUCAGGAACCGUGACGGACGCCAUCAUCACCAAACUGCUGCCCACCGUCCAGAAGGGCCUAAAGUCCUCACUGGUGGACUAUAGAGCGGCGUCUCUCAUGGUGCUAUGUCAGCUGGCGGUGAAGGUUGUCAUGGAGACGGUCCUGGUCCAGUCGCUGUCUGCAGUCCUCUGCAAGUCCCUCCGAGACAGACUGUUGGUCCCAGAGACCAUGGGGGCUCUGAUAGUCUUGUUUCAGAACCAAGGCCACGCUGGACCCACAAAGAAGUCUCUGUCUCGUCUGGUCUCUGUCCCAGAUCUGGUCUCGUCCCUGGAGUCUCUGUCUCAGACUCAUGACGUGUCUCCACUUCUGCGCCACCUGCUGCUCUACCUGUUGAACUGCACCUUCAGCUCAGAGCCUGAAGCUGGUUCUUCUGCUGAGCUCCUGGAGAAGCUGCUGAGUCACGUCCCUUUGACCUCUGAUCUUGACCUGACCCUGUGCAGUGAGCUUCUGGACCGGUCCCUGUCCCAGGAUGACCUCUCACACAUGAACCAGCGUCUGCAGCCAGUGCUGAGGGUCCUGGAGGUCAAAUAUUACUCGUCUGUGGACAGAACCUUCUCGUCUCGUGUGUCCUCUCUCAGUGAUGACCAGAGGCUUCUGUUCCACCAACUGCUGUCUCUGUCAGCCACCUGUGGGAAGUACCAGAUGGUGGAGGACUCUCACUCUUCUCUGCUGCUGAGUCUGAAUCACCCUCAGUCGUCCCUAAGAGUCUCAGCGCUACAGAAGCUCCACCUCCUGAUGUCGUCUGGAGAGGCGGCUGUGGACCUGGACUUCUUGAAGACCUCAGUGUUCGACCGUCUCGGUGACGACGAGCCCCGAGUGGUGUCUGCAGCUUUAGGGCUUCUAAAGCUGGUGCAGAACUCUCUGGACUUUGAGGACAUUGUUUCUUCUUUACUGUUGCUGUUGAAAAGAGCUGAAGUUUCCUACAGUGAGAACUGGUGUCCAGUGUUCUCUGAGGCGGUGCAGCUGCUCUCUGUGGGACGUAAAGAGGGGGACAGUCUACAGAGGGACAGUCCUGAGGCAGACCUGGACAGACUGGUCUUCAGGCUCCUCCCUCUCCUGGUGCCGUCUGGGACCUGGGAAUCUGUUCGCUUCAGACUGUCCCUGAGUCUGUCCCAGAGUCCACUGCUCCAACAGCAUCCGCUCACCAGAGGCUGGAGGACAGACCUGGAGGUGGCGCUGCAGUCCUCUGCACCCCAGGGUCCAGACCAGGUCCUGGUCAUGGUCCAGACUCUGGUCUCUACUUUGAGCCGGAACAUCCAGAGCAUGGAGAUGAUGAGCAGACAUCAGACGCUGGAUUCCCUGUGUGCCUGUGUGGAGCAGCUCUCUGAGUUCAGUCCUGGUCCAGACCUGGUUCCUCUCCUGGUCCUGGUCCAGACUCUGGUGUUGAGUCUGAGGACCGUGAGUGACACUCACCAUUUGCUGACUGCCCGGCGCGUUUACAGAGUGAUAGAGCGCCACCUGCAGGAGACACACCGCCAGGACAUGCAGAUCCCUCUGAAUCUCCCAGCCCUUGGUCCCGCCCCCUGCUUCUCCGAUUGGCUGGCGGUCUUCCUGCAGCGUGACGGACAGGUGCAGUCUGGUCUUGUCCUGGUCUCAGUCCUGUGGCAUUUCAUCCAAGACCUGCAGAGUCCGGACCAAAGCUUCAAAGGUGAGCUGUGGUGGAACCCUGAGCGUCUGGACAACAACAGCUGCUGCUACCUGCACCUGCUCGCCCAGAUGUGUGGCCUGCUGGGGGGCGGGGCCUCACACGGACCAAUCACAGCGCAGUACAGACAACUGCUUAGGCUUUUCUUCAAGGUCCACCUGGAUUCUCCGGUCGUCCUCUUCCGCUUCCUGUCUCUGAUGUGGAGUUAUGGUGGUCUUUAUGGCGACCAGGUGGAUGGGCGUGGCCAGACUCGUCUUGGGGUGGAGCUUCAGCUGGUUGCUCUGCUCUUGGGCGCCGCCCUCCUGGGGAGUUUGAGCACUACACAGCUGCAGGAGGUGGUCCUCAAGACUGCAGUCUUCCCGUCGGUCCUGGUGGUUCUGGCCUCUCCACUCAGAGAGAUGAGGAGGGCGGGGAUAAGCGUGCUGAAGAGCCUAUCAGCAGCCGGGUCUGCGCAGUAUCAACCAAUCACAGAGCGCCUCCUUCGGACGAGUGAGGAGGUGGUGGCGGACUGCAGUUACCUGCGCUGUGCACUGGGGGGGCUGUACUAUGACUCCGCCCACAAACAGGAAGUGAAGGAGAGUUUCCAGAAGCUUUUUCAGAGUCUGGUGACGUCACAGUGUCCCUGCAGUACCUCCUGUGUCCUGAUGGAGGCACUACACAAAGUCCACGGACAGGAGGUGCUGUUGUGUCUCCUCCCAGCCCUGGAUUGCCUGCUGUCUCAGAUGAGCCCUGAUGGCCCGUCUCCGCUGCCUGAUGAGUGUGUGCUUCUGUGUCUGCUGUUGGGGAAGUACAGCGCUGCAGCGGCGCCCCUGCUGGUCACAGACACACAUUGCAGACAGCUGUUCAUACAGGCGCUCAAGACCGGGACCAAGAUUGGCACCCAGAGAGUCCAGAUCUGCGCCCUGGACCAGGUAUAA